UUGGAAGGAAGCCAUGGCAGAGCUCAAUAGCAAUGAAGAACCUCAUGUAUUGCCUUCCAAGAGAAAGCAAGCUGCUCAAGACGCAGACGCUGAUUCCACAAAGAAACACCGCCUAGAAAAGUGUGCCGAUAACGAGACCUUGCCUGAGGUCGAACAGAAAAUUAUCGACGAAAAUGGCGACAAAGUAGAAGAGGAGGAGGAAGAAGAAGAAGAGGAGGAUUAUGAGGGAGAAGAAGGUGUCGAUUCGGACGAUGACGAAGAAGAAGAAGAUGAUGAUGAUGAAGACGAAGUUGAACAUUCAAAUGGCGGAGGUGAAAUUGAUCGGAAGGGGAAAGGGAUAAUGAAGGAUGACAAGGGUAAAGGAAAGCUGAUUGAAGAGUCUGAAGAAGACGAUUCCGAUGAUGACGGCGCCAGUGAAUCUGACGGUGAUGAUGAUCUUUCCGAUGAUCCGUUGGCGGAGGUGGAUUUGGAUAACAUUCUUCCUUCGAGGACACGGCGUCGUACGGUUCCUCCUGGAGUGCGCAUUUCUAGUGAUAAACUCACCAACGAUAAGGACAACGACGCUUAAAAUUUCAUGGAGGUGGAAGAAAACUGUGGUUGCUGGUGGAAUUUUUGUUAGUUGCAUUGGAGUUGUAAGGAUUCUCUCCAUGGAGGAACAUGACAUUGGUUACAAAGCUGAGAAAAUGUAUGGUUGAAUCCUUUGGUAUGUUUCAGUUUUUAGUUAUUGAAGUAACAAAUGAUGUGGGUUGUUGCCAUAUGGAUCAUGUUUGGGAAUUCUAAUGACAUGAAAUUA